AUGACUGCUAAAGAACCCGCCAUCCACGCCUGCUUCGACCCCAACACCUCAACCUGGCAAUACGUCGUUGCCUGCCCCGUCACCAAAUCCGCCGUCAUCAUCGACCCCGUGCUCGACUUCGACCCAGCCCGCAACACAAUCUCCACGUCUACCGCUGACGGCAUCCUCUCCCUCGUCCGCGAGCAGGGCUACUCCGUCCAGCGUCUGCUCGAAACACACGUGCAUGCCGACCACCUCACGGCGGCGAAGUACCUGCAAACGAGGUUGGCCGAGGAGACGGGGCACAGGCCAGAGAUCUGUAUCGGGCGUAGGAUCAAGGGCGUGCAGGAGCGGUUUGGGAAGAGGUAUGGAGUUCCUGAGGAGGAGUGGGAAGGGGCGUUUGAUGUGUUGCUGGAAGAUGAUGAGGUGUUUAAGCUGGGCGAGUUGGAGGUAAAGGCGGUGCAUUUGCCGGGACAUACGCCGGAUCAUUUGGGGUAUUUGAUCGGAGAAAACAUCUUCUGUGGUGACUCCCUCUUCAACCCCGACGUCGGCUCAGCACGUUGCGAUUUUCCCGGCGGCAGCACCAAAGCCCUCUAUCAAUCAGCACAUAAACUCCUCUCCCUCCCGCCCACGACCAAAAUCUACACUGGCCACGACUACCCACCCUCCGACACGCGCGACACCCCGCAGCCCUUCGCGACCGUCGCCGACCAGCGUGCGCACAACAAGCACCUCAAGGAGGGCACCUCCGAGGAGGAGUUUGUACGCUGGCGCAAUGAGAGGGAUGCCACGCUCGCUGAACCGAGGCUGAUUCACCAGGCGCUGCAAAUAAAUAUCAGGGCUGGUGCGCUGCCGAGGGAGCAGGAGGGGGGACGGCUGUUGCAUGUCCCGAUUAAAGUUGAAGGGGGCAAGGUUUGGUGA